AAUUCAAUUCAAUUCAAUUCAAUUCAAUUCAAUUCAAUUUUAUUUAUAUAGCGUCAAUUACAGUCAAAUUGUCUCAAGACGCUUUACAGAACCCAUAUGCCUGACCCCCAGAGCAAGCCCAAAGGCGACAGUGGCAAGAAAACACCCUUUUAACAGGGAAGAAACCUCGAGCAGAACCCGGCUCUAAGCAGCAGGCUGCUCUGUCCAAUGGCUGGCUUAACAUCAGGCGUGGCCUUCCUUCUAUUGCUGUGGACGGCAGGUGUGGGCGGCACUGAGGUGAAGGCAAAGAUAUCAGAAGAUGUCAUCCUUCCAUGUUGGAGUGAGAGAGCCAUCACACUUCUGGAAUGGAAGAUGCAGGGCAAAGACUCGGAGGGAUUCGUCUUCUUCUUCCGAGAAAACCGGAGCUACGAGUCCUACCAGAUUCCAUCUUUUAAACAUCGAGUGCAGCUCAGCGACCCGAAGAUGAAGGACGGGAACAUGUCUGUCACCUUGAAGAACGUCACCAGCAGCGAUUCUGGAGAGUACGAAUGUUCCUUUCACAUCAGCAGGAAACAUCGCAGCAGGAGAGCCACCGACUUCAGCUACACCGUCAAACUAAGGGUCGUAGACGGUAACUCUGCAGGUAACUCUGCAGGAAACUCUGCAGGUGACUCUGCAGGUAACUCUGCAGGCGACUUGGAGCAACACGGUGGGCGACAACCUUUGGCGAUGGCAGUACCUCUGCUAGCUCUUUUUGCGGUUGUUGCGGUUUUGAUUGCGUUCUGGAAACUGAAAGCCCACACAGAGCAGCCUGCUGCUGAUGAAGCCGGUGAGCAACAGGAAGUGUAAAGCAGGUAUGUCAGGAGUUUGCAGUAAUCUGAUGAAAAAUGUAGAUAAAUAGAAAUGAAACAAACAUUUUUGCUGUUUAAUUUUUGUCUUUUAUUAUUUUAAUUUCUAAACUUUUAGUUAAUAAAAAAAUCUUCUGUAAGUAAAAAAUUACAUCCUAAAACAGAACCAUCAAUAUUGCAGCAUUUAUCAGACCCAGAAGCUAUGAAAACAGAAUGAAUCUGUGGAUUUUCUACUUUCUGAAGGUCCUUGAACUAUUUAUGCUUUUAUUAUUUGUCAUACAAUGGAAAAACUUAACUAAAUCCUGGCUUUAAAUCAUCAACAUCACUUUUUCUCUAUAUGUCCCGUUUUAAAAUUUUAUUAUUGUAUAAAUUUUAAAUUAUAAACGUGUAUGUCUCUCACUGAUUCAACUGUCAACCAAAAUGUAUUUGAACUGAAAAACUUUGUGUCAAAUAUUGCUGUAUGUAAAAAAAAGGGGGCAAUUAAUCACGAUUAAUAAAUCACAAAGCCUGUAAUUAAUUAGAUUAAUUUUUGGAAUCGCUUCCCACCACCAAUAUUUAUUUUAGUGGUAAAAUAAGCUUUUUCUAACCUAAAACAAAUGAAAACAAAAAGGUCAAUCAUAAUAAUUAAAACAUAUUAAAAGAAUAUUUAAAGUAAAUAAGAUGCGUAGCAUACAGCGCUGGGCCCUGAUUGGCUCAGAGACCGUAGCAUCAUCUCCUCUGUCUCCUGUGUUUAGCAGCAUUCAGCAUCUGGCCUCUCUUUCACAGAGACGUCUGAUCUCUGCAUAGGGUUGCUCUGCGGUGUUGUGUUUUUGUGAAAUUUUCGUAGGAGGAGGUGUUUAUAACAGCGUAAGGAGUGUCUCAUUUUAUAUCAGGAACAAGCAUUUGUUUAUGUGCAGUGAAAAACAACACAAGUUAAACUUCCGUGCAGGAAACUCACAUGGCAAGAAUUGGCAAUAAAAUGAUGUUAUGAUAAUACUUAACCAACAGCUCAAAGAAACACUCAGCCGUUUGUCACAACUUCAUCACAGACGAGGCUGAUCCCAUUAUCCAUCCUUCUGUUGUAUAUCUGACUCGUCCUUCAGUCCGGUUUGUCUUUCACGUAUCAUACAUUUAAUCUUCAUUAUUUGCCCUUUGCUCGUGUUUUAAUUAGGUGACUUUGUGACCGUGUUUUGUUAUUUCUGCCAGCUAUCAUCUACUGUAUUGUACAUAAAACAUAGAAAAUCGCGGCUCAGAAAUAAAACCAGGUAAAUUACCAGUAAUGUUUCUGCUGAAUUGAAUAUCUUGUUAAAAGACACUAAAGGAAUGGCAAUGUGAAAAAGCCAAAAACUAUCAAAAAGGCAUGUAUUUUUUAUGUUUUUAUGUACAUAAUGUAAAAUACUCUUGAACAUUGAAAAAAAGCAGAUUUCUUUGCUUCAGCGCUGGUUAUAGGCUGUAGUUCCUGCACAGUCGUGGGGCUGUUCUUUUCUGUGUUGAAUUUAAAUGUGUAUUUUUGUAAAGAAAUCUCCAACUGUUCUUUAAAAAGGUAAUCAUGAAUUUUAAAUUUCUGUGUGAACAUGUCUACCUACUGCUAUGCACUGCAUUUUAAUGAAAUAAUUAAAAUAAAUGGAAGUUUUUUCUAAUAAAUAAUAUUGAUGUA